UGGGGUGCUAAUUCUCUAUGGUGUAUGGGCAAGUUCAGGUGCAAUAGCUGGUGGGGGGGGGGGGAGUAGUGUUCGCGGGGUGGAUUGUUAGCAGUGUUGGAUACUAUCGCAGUCUCGUGCGAUCGGAUUAGCACUGUGAAGCAUUUUAAUCGUUAGGUAGAAUAUGGCGGUAUCGUGGUCAUAGCCGGCAAGUAAAGGGAAAGACGGUGGCCUUGGGUUAGACAGAAGUCGGAGAUCCGCAGCGCGCGUGUGACGAGAUAGCGGCGGAGAGGGAGUAGGAGUACGACUCUACCACAACGACGAGAGGAACGGCUGAGCAGGCCGGAGCAAACCGAAGCUGACCAGAGUAGAGCAGAGAAAGGGAGUACCGUGACGGUCGACAGGUCGGAAUGGAAACUCACGUUGUCCUUGUAUUUGCGCUCGUGUGUAUGGUGAUGAUGGCAUCCUCUGCCAACUCUGGUGUAUAUGGAACGAGGGUAAUUAUUCAGGAGCUUGAUGCCGGAAUCCCCGACUCAAUCGAAGAGGCUCAGAGGGCGCUGGCCACGUCGGAUGUGUCCCCACCAGUGACUGAUCAGGAAAGAUCCGACUUCGUGGAGGCGCACAACGACGCGAGGGGCGCUGUGGGGGUCGCUCCCCUGCAGUGGGACGAUAAGCAUGAAGAGGAAGCGGGAAAAGCAGUGAACCUAUACUUUCCUCAAGCUUGCUUGAUUAACUCGGCGGGUGGUGAAAGUUACGGAGAGAAUAUCUUCUGUGGCAUCGACAGUGCUACUCCGCCGCAGUGGACUCCGCGGAGCGCUGUCAACGACUGGGUUCUAGAAAAAGGGAAAUACGAUUACAAUUCGAACUCCUGUAAUCCGCCGGGAUCUGUUUGUGAUCACUACAAGCAAGUGGUGAACAAAAACACCACGAAAUUGGGAUGUGCUAUUGCAAGACAGGCUUCAAAGAUGCUGGUGGUAUGCAAGUAUACUAAAAAGGCUACUGCAGAUCGACCUUAUUGAUGUCGGAAUAAGGGGUGCCUGGCCGUUUUCAGUGUUGCAUGAUAGAUUCUACGGAGGCGAAAAUAUUACAUGGGGGGAAUAUGAUGGCGCGAGGAAACCGAGCUUUCCUCUUCUGAGUACCCUUUCGUAAGCAGUUUGUUCCUCUUCUUGUUUUGUUCUCUUCGGGCUGGAGCAGCUGGAGAAUGCCGUCAGAUCUUUCGCCGCCUCUUGGGGCAACUCAUCUCGCAAUGUGACGCAGCACCGAGAUGUUGGCGAUGUGAUUUACUGCUCCUUUUGGUCCUUCCGUCUCGCUAUCGUUGGGGGGCACAUCAUUCGUCAAAGCUGUGUGCGAUCAUGAAGGCUAUUAAUUGG